AUGGCGGCGAGGCACGGCGGGGCGUUCGCCCUCGUUGCGCUGUGCUUGCUCGAGCUAGCGCUGCGAGGCGCCGGCGCCGGGGACGGGGAGCCGCUCGUGCCGGCCAUGUUCGUGUUCGGGGACUCCACGGUGGACGUCGGCAACAACAACUUUUUGCCGGGCUGCUCGGCCGACUGCAGGGCCAACUACGCGCGCUACGGCGUCGACUACCCCUCCCACGCGCCCACCGGCCGCUUCAGCAACGGCUACAACCUUGCUGACCACAUAGCUCGAUUUCUUGGAUUCGCCGAGAGCCCACCAGCAUACGGAUCCCUGCCGCCCGAGGGAAUCAUUGAACAGAUGAGGAGCGGAAUCAACUUCGCAUCAGGAGGUUCAGGACUGCAGGAUGUAACGGGCAAAGCACUUGUACGCACCACCAAACGCUUUGCGCUAGCUAAUUCGUCUCGAUACACACCCGUAAAAAUUUCACUUUCUCGGCUCUCUCCGUGUGUGCAGUGCGGGCAAGUGCACAGCAUGAGCGACCAGCUCGACAUGUUCGCGUCGGUCGUCCAGAUGAUGGGGAACUGCUCGUCCGACCUCGUCUCCAGGUCGCUCGUCUUCAUCAGCGUCGGCAGCAACGACCUGUUCGAGUACGUCGGCGGCAACGCCACCUCGUGCCCUAACCGCAACGACACCGCCUUCCUGCAAGGCCUCGUCGCCGCUUACCGGAGCUACCUGCAGGAGCUGUACGCAGCCGGGGCGAGGAAGUUCAGCAUCGUGAGCCCGUCGCUGGUGGGGUGCUGCCCGUCGCAGAGGUUCGCCGGGUGGCUGAAGGAUGAUCUGGACGGGUACUACUGCUUCGGCACGGCCAACAGCCUCUCCAGGCAGCUCUACCGCAUGCUGCUCUCGAUACUUCAGGACCUGAGCGCCGGCCUCGCCGACAUGAACUUCUCCAUCUGCGACUCCGCCGCCAUGGCCGACUCCGUCUUCAACAGCACCGUCUCAGCACCUGAUACUAUGAAUGUGGUGGACACGGGGUGCUGCGGCGGCGCGGGGAUCUUGGGACCGGCCAAGUGCGACAGGUCGGCGACGCUGUGCCCGGACCGCGCCGCCUACCUCUUCUGGGACGGCUUCCACCCGACGGAGACGGCGUCGGCGGUGGCCGCGCUGGCGCUCUUCGCCGACUCAGGGCGGUACGUCCACCCCAUCAACAUCACCAGGCUGGCGGCGCUGUAGCCUGUAGCCGUGGAGAAAUAGCUGCAAAACGGUCUGGCCGGCCACCUGCGAAU